UUCCUCCCGACCUUUGUGACCGUGAAAGCUUCCAGCUGGUGAUCUACUGAACGUAAAGCCUUCCAGCUGGUGAUAUUUUAAAAGAGAAGUCUUCCAGCUGGUGAUAUAGUGACCGUGAAGGUUUCCAGUUCGUGAUAUAGUGACCGUGAUGCCUUCCAGCUGGUGAUAUUUUGAAAGAGAAGCCUUCCAGCUGGUGAUCUAGUGACCGUGAAGCCUUCCAGCUGGUGAUCUAGUGACUGUGAAGGCUUCCAGCUGGUGCUUGCACAGCGCGCGGACAAGCGUUAGGAAACCUCGCUCACCAUGACGCUAGUGGGGCUUCGCUAGUUCACCCCCAGGUGGGCUAGCCAGGUGGUGGCGGGGCUAGGCAGGUGGUGGAGGGGCUAGCCAUGAGUGAGGAUGUGGGGGCUAGAAGGCCCUCCAUUGCAACUAUCUUCAACCCACGCCGUGGGCGUGGGUCCGCCCCCUCACGCCCAUCUGUAGUGGUGACGGAUGAGGAUACCCCUUACCCGCCACUUCAGCUGUCUAACGGGGCACGAGUGGGGUCAGCAGGGGGUAGCAAUACCACUCCUGUUAAUAGUCCUUCAAUGACACUGGGGUCACCUGUUCCCCCUCCUGACACAGAAGUGGGUUCAGUGGGUGACAGUCCCAGGGACGCGCCACCUUCCAAGUGUCAGAGCUUCAGGAAGGCUGUCUUCUCUAACACAACCAGGAAGAUCGUAGUUGGGUGGAUAGUGACGUGUUGCGUCACCACGUCGUGGGUAGGUGCUACCCACCUCAUUAAGGACAUGUUCCUUCGUGAGGUGUCGGUCUCAGGAACACCUGCUCCAGCCUACCCCAACACUACACUGCCUGUCACGCCUGUCGUCCAGGUGAAGGUGUUCGACGCAGCGUUCUUCACGACGUGGUUCUGCACGACGUGGACCAGUCUCUUCUUUCCUCUCUACAUGGUGUGUCAUUCUUGUCUGAGGCGAGACAAGUCCUCCCUCAAACACACACUCAAGACUCUCGCUCAGAACUUCAGAGAUCGUGGAGUCACCUUUGGUAAGUUCAUGACCCGGAGCUGUCUCUUCUGCCUGCUGUGGGUGGUGACUAACUACAUGUACGUUUACUCUCUGAGGAUCCUCGACUGCACAGACGUCAUGGCGCUCUACUCCGCCCACGUCUCUUUCGUCUACCUCCUCUCCUGGGUCAUUCUCCACGACCAGUUUGUCGGCGUUAGGAUUGUUGCAGUGAUUCUCUGCAACACUGGCAUUGCACUGCUGGCCUACAUGGACGGUAUUACCAGAACCAAAACUCUGGGAGGUGUGGUACUGGCUGCUGCGUCUGCUGCUGGCUCUGCUGUCUACAAGGUGCUGUUCAAGAAGGUUAUAGGUGAAGCGAGCUUCGGGCAGGUGAGUCUUAUCUUCACUGUGAUAGCGCUGCUCAACACCACCUUGCUGAGUCCCCUGGUGGCCACCUUCUAUUUUAGCGGCUACGAGACACUUCUCUGGGCUCACCUACCCUGGCCCAACCUCCUUAUAGCUGCGGCACUCUCACUAGGUGAGUCCCACGCAUCAUUCACCUCUCUGGUGCUGGCAGUACCUGUGUCUGCAGCCUUGGACAUCAAAUGGUACCAUGUGAGGUUUGAGGGGAUGAAGCUGGCUGGUGUAGUCCUGAUCGUGUGCGGGUUCUUCCUGGUACUCUUCCCUGCUAACUGGCCAGAGUACAUCACUAAGGUGCUCCGUUGGGGUCGACACAGGAAGCGGAACCAGCCGAGACAACAGCCAGAGCCUGUCGACUACCGUACUGGUCUCAUUUCUCGGUCUCACCUUCGCUCCCCAUCAGGAUUAAUACGAUAAUCUGUGUAUGGACGACACUGAGCGAUUUCGCUCGUUACCGAGACUUAUAGUUAACAUUAAUCAGCAGUAAACAGUGCAGAGCUAUUUAAACAGCAGCACAGAGACAGUGUGUUUAGGGUUGAGGUUGUGAAUGUUAGGAACGACAGUACGGUAGCAGAUGUGUGAUAGCCAUGGCUGUUGAAACUAUUUGAAAGCGAGAUAUUAGCGGCUCCAUUGCUGGCAGUUUAUAUGUAUUUAUAUGUAUUACUGUAUAGACAUACCUUUAUUAUUUUUAUUACCUGCUUGGUUUGUACACUAUCUGACGUCACAUUACUCAUAUCAGUGACGCUGGAUGACUUUGUCAUGUUUAUCAAAGUUACAAUAGCUCUGUAUAUAUUAUUUUACACCUCUGAAAUUAUGCCCUAUAAUUUUUUUUUAUUGAAAUCAGUAUUAUAGAUUUCUACAACAAUUAUAUUAUAAAUAUUGUACAAUUAGAAUUAAACCUAUAAUUUUUUUGUACAAUUUUCUCCUGUUGUUACACACUAAUUAUAAAUGAAAACUUAAUUGAAAAAAAAAAAAUAUAUAUUUAAUAUAACCGCAAACAAGCGAUGUAAGUAAUGCAGAACAAGUCACCUGGGGAUAGAAAUCUCCAACUCAAGAUCUUUCGCACUCUCUGUGCGUCGUCAGGAGCUAGGCAAUGUUGCAAGACUAGCAACAGAAAGUAGUGAGAAAAAUUCUCUCUCUGGGGGGAAAGUAGAAGUGUAAAAGUCAGGCCAUGUUGUAGUGUGGUGCUACCUGGCUCCUGAACCACCUCCACCUGUCCCUUCUCUCUCUCCCCUUACGUGGGCGGGCAGGGAGGAAACCCACGGGUUUGUAGUAGGCUGGUUACUGAAUAAUAAGGUACAUUUUUAUCGACAUCAGCUAAUCUAAUGAAGUAUGAAAUCAUUAUACUUAAGUGGUAAAUACAUUCUCAGGCUUAAUGUAACUUUAAAUAUUAAACGAAUCAGAGGUGUUGUGUGUCACCCUGCAUUCUCGACAAUGUUCCAGGAAGUGUUGUCUACAAGGAUCCCUACAUAGUAACAUAUGUGCGAGGUUCCUAGGGUAGCCUAGGGUAGCCUAAGGUAGCCUAGGGUGGUCGAGCAGAGGGACUUAUCGCCUGUGGGGUUCCAGGAUUAAAAAACACUGCAACUACCUUGGAGCAAGGUAGGUAAAUAUGUAGGGAUCUUUGCAGACAUCACUUUCUGGAACAUUCUCGGACGUAUAGGGUGACACACAACACCUCUGAUUUGUGAGAAUGUGAGUGUAUUAACCACUUCGUAAAAUGAUUCCAUAAGCAAUUAGAUAUUCUGACUGACUGGAGGUGAAUAGAUGAUAUGCAGCCUUAAUGACCCUCGUAUAGUAGAUAGAUUUGAAACCCUAUUAGCUAGUAAAUCAUUUAAAGGAAGUGCCAAAGAUUGAAAUUUUGUAUUGACAUUAUUUAAUAAUGAUUCAAAUGAAUUUAUAACAGAGUGGAAUUUUGUGUCGAGAUGAACUUUGUUUAUGAAGGUCGUUUAGAUCUAUACAGAGUUUUAUCAAGUCUUGAUAAAACUGUUUAGAGCAAAAUAAAUAUAAAAAUAAUAUCUGUUCUGUACACAUUGUCUCUCUACCUUUUUAUGUGCAGCAUUUCUCCCAAAAUUGGGCCUUAACAAAGUACUU